GAUGGCGUAUUCUUUGCUGAAAGAAAGUGUAUAUGUAAAGUAUUGGUAUGAUUGAUAAUAGUGUAUAAGAAAAGGAGGUUAGGAUUAAAUAUCAUGUGUUUAUAUUAAUUUUGUAAAUUAUUUUAAACUAACAAAAUGGGAAAAGCAAAAAAGUUAAAAGUUUCUAAAGGCGAAACGAAACCUCCAAAAGUUGGAUUGGCAAACCAAAUAGAAGAAGAAAAAACAGUAAAGUCGAAGAAUAAACAUAAGAUUAGAAUUCGUAAUGAUGAAGAUGAAAAGUUUGUGGAUUCUUCUCUUACCAAAAAGAUUUUAUCGCAAGCUAGAAAACAACAAAUGGAAAUUGAAGAAGAAAGUGGAAUACGACCAGCAUCAAAAUCAACAAGAAAAUCAUUAGUUAAACUGGAAGAUGAGUUUAGUGACACUGAAGAACAAUCAAGUGAAGAUGAGCUUGAUGAUUCACAAUUUUAUGAGGAUAUUCAAAUAAACGAAGAAGAUGAGCGUGCUAUAGAAAUGUUUAUGUCUAAAGAUCCUGCACCAAUGAAAACAUUAGCUGAUAUAAUAUUAGAAAAAUUAACAGAAAAGAAAACAGAAAUUGAAACUCAGUUUUCAGAUGUAGGUUCUAUGCAAAUGCAAGAAUUAGAUCCAAGAGUUAAAACAAUGUAUGAAGGAGUUAGAGAUGUUUUAUCCAAGUAUCGAAGUGGAAAAUUACCCAAAGCAUUUAAAAUUGUUCCUAGUUUAAGAAAUUGGGAACAGAUAUUAUAUAUUACAGAUCCAACAAAAUGGUCAGCUGCUGCAAUGUAUCAGGCUACUCGAAUAUUUGCUUCUAAUCUUAAAGAAAAGAUGGCACAAAGAUUUUAUAACCUAGUAUUACUACCUCGAAUUAGGGAUGAUAUAGCAGAAUAUAAAAAAUUAAAUUUUCAUUUAUAUCAAGCAUUACGUAAAGCAUUAUUUAAACCUGCUGGUUUCAUGAAAGGAAUUUUACUUCCACUUUUAGAAUCUGGAACAUGUACAUUAAGAGAAGCUGUUAUAAUUGGAUCUGUAAUUGCAAAAAAUUCAAUACCAAUUUUACAUUCUUCAGCAGCCAUAUUAAAAAUUGCAGAAAUGGAUUAUACUGGAGCAAAUAGUAUUUUUCUAAGAAUAUUUUUAGAUAAAAAGUAUGCUUUACCAUAUAGGGUUAUAGAUGCUGUUGUAUUUCAUUUCAUUAGAUUUGAAAGGGAUCCUAGAGAACUGCCAGUUUUAUGGCAUCAAGCAUUAUUAACUUUUGUACAACGGUACAAAGGCGAUAUUAGCUCUGAACAAAAAGAAGCUUUGUUCAAAUUACUAAGAAAGCAAUCUCAUCAUUCAAUUACACCUGAAGUACGACGAGAAUUACAACAUGCUAAAUGCAGAGAUGUUGAAAUUACUGAACCCACAUCAGAACCAAUGGUUUAUUAAAUUUUGAUAUUAUAUCAACAUUUAUCAUUUGUACUGUAAUUGUUUAAAAAAUUGAGCAACUUAUUC